AUGGAAGGUGUUUUGGGGACGCAGAAGUUAACACUCAAGUGCCCGAGGCAGGGGAGAAGCCGAGGUUACACAGCGCUCAGCGCCUCUCAGCUCCUUGCAGCACGGGACUACCUUUCCAUAAUCAUGCCGUAUUCAAGCCGCAUCGUUCCAAAGCAGCCUCCGCGCUUCAACGUCCAGCUACUCAUUGUCGCACCAGCGGAUUGCACAGUUGAUGUGAUAUCAGUGGUGGUGUGCUAUCUUGCAUUUUCUUCCGGGUAUCAUGCGGAGACCGUGAUGCAGUACAUUGGAGAGGAGAAGUAUGACGAAGUAUGGAAGGAGGCGAUGUCGCAAGAGGGUCUGGAUUUUGUUGAGCGCAUAGCGAGGGAUAUUGUUGCAAGUACUAAGACAUUGUCAAAGGGGCUUACACAAAUUGAUAUGGACUUAGACUUCCUCAAUGACAUCCCUGAUCCUGCUAGGUCACUAGUCAAGGACACUAACAUGAUGUACCCGGACGCAUCUGCCAAAAUGUCUGCUACCUUGCAGAUUUUCAGAGUCACAAAAAUCUGUUCUUGGGGGAUGCUAGUAGGCCACAAAUGA